CGCUGAGCAAGAAAAGUAACAAUUACUGAACGUCGCAGUGAGAAAACUUUACUUUGAAGAAGGACAGCAUAACACGAUCCAAAUGGCAGAACAGCACUCAGACCUGGAAAAUGCCAUCAACACUUUGGUCACACAGUUCCAUGCCGCUGCGGCCAAUAAUGGUCCCACGCUCCAAACCCAAGAAUUCAGAGGCCUCCUAUCCUCCCAGCUGCCCAACUUAGUUACGACUGGAGCGUCAGAGCAGGGCCUGGGAGAGGUGAUGAGACAAAUGGGUGUGAUGGACGGCGAGGGAAUCACCUUCAACCACUUCUGGAGGUUGAUCCAGUCACUGGCCACCACACAGCAUGGUCUACGCAGCAGCGAGGAGAUGUCCAAGUGCUCCUGUGUGCUUCUGUGAAGGCCAUGCCUUCUGACGGUGGUGUGAGCCAGGGGGAACCAGACAGCCUUAUAGUAUGCCACCCAGUGUCAGUACCCCUUCUCACCACACUGCUCCCAUCCAACCCUGGACACUCACGUAGUCCUCAACCCUUCCACUACAGGCCUCUUAUGUACAUUCUCCAUGCUUGGUAGUGCUCCAUGUCAGCAGUGUUCAUCUCUUUGUUCUAUGCCACUUGGUUUACAGGAUUUGUUUUGUACUCCCUUAGUGUUAACGGUGGUGUUGUUUCCAUCCAAAUAUCCCUUCUAUUGAAAUAUCCCCUUUCUUAAACCUUGAAAGGCUUUCCUAUAGGCCUACUACCAGUCUAACCACUACAAAUAACCCUUAGAUGACAUAUGACCCAAAGUGAAAUCAGAAAGCCAUGUGCAAGGUUUAGGUACUAGACAAUGAAAACAUGUAUUUACACACGGCAGUACGCGUUAGUGGAAAGCUCCUUUGAGCCACCAGUAGUCCACAUACAUACAGUACUGGUAUUGCAGAGUGCCCAUAGCAUGUUUCUUUAAACAAUGUUUUCACACCACUGUGGUAUUGCAGUUUUGUGUUUAUAUUUUCAAAUUCUCUUUAUUCUGGCCCGUGUGAUAACAUACUACAACAUGACAAGAA